GGUGACGACAGCAUAAUGCCUCGAUGUAUUUGGCCUUCGUAGGCCAACAGCAGUGUAGCGCAACAGCUCGAGAAGCCACCAGUGCGAUGAAAGAUGUGUGUGACAGUUCAACGAUAAGUCAUGCGGGGCAAAAGUACUCAAACCCCUUCUCCACUUUCCUCACGCACAACCGUUCUUAACAAUAGCAUCUGAAGGCGAAAUAAUUAUGGUGCGAAAUUGCCGGGACUCCGAAAUUAUUCUAAUUUACAGUAUCGAACAAGUUCUAUCAACGCAGCCAGUGUUUGUCAACUUAGGGUAUUCCCCACCAUAGUUAAGAAACGAUAGUGCGUAUACAUAUAAUUUGUUGUGAAGUGACGGUAGUUGAAAACGUGCGAGUACGGACGAUAACGAUAUAACUGGACAACUAGUGAGGAAUUAAGACGAAUAUGGCAAACUCGCGGUUUCGGGCCGUGGCAUAACAUCAAAGAAUCAUGUCAUCUAUCAAAAUGUGUGAAAGAAAAGUAGUACUUUACUAUGGAUUGGCAUACAUCGUAUGUAUGCAGAUCAUAACAACAAACUCAAGAACCUCUACGCUGUGGAAGCUCAAUUCAGAGGAAGGAAAAAUAAUUUGUGUUACUUCCCUCAGAGAUCGCCAGUCAAAGGCAACUUUCUCAAACGCAUUAGAAUCGCUAUACAAAGAUGACGAAAACGAUGCGCCGCUUCAUUUCAGAAGUGUACAAGAGCUGGUGCAAAACUCUUUUCCAAACGAGGAUGAAGACUCUACAUUUAACAUCAUUACGAGCACUGCCAGUAGCUUUCGGGAUAACACAUGGAUCCGGAAAUCAUCUGGAAAGCAUCUCUUGAAUGUUGCUACGAGCAGCACCAGCUUUGGAAAGCGCUUGAAAUCGGAAACGGAAGUGCCAGGUGCCGAAAGUGAUGAGCUCGAUUGCGGCAAACCAGUGAAUUUCACAUACUAUGACGAUUUGAUUGGUAUAGCGCAACGGUAUAAUCAUCCGGAUGUGCCUGAACCUGAAGUAGCCUAUCUAUUUCUGAAGAAAAAGGGCUACAAAUCAUUUAAAAACUUCAAUAUUGAUGCCUUAGAACGGCGGUUGCGGAAAGCGAAAAGUGAGAAACCCCGCUCGGUGCAGCUAUACAAUCAGAUAGGAAAUUUUUGGCGAAUAAAGGGCAAUGCGCGCCUUUCGAUUGAAUGCUUUCGAAGGGCGCUUGCCAUUGCUCCAAGCAACGCAGAGGUUCUGCUGAAUCUCGCAAGAGUGCUGUUUAACCUGCAGUAUCUGGACGAUGCAAUUCAUCUUACUAGGCGCUCUCUAGAAGUUCAACCGAGGGAUCGCAGUGCUUGGCAACAGUAUUUCACAUUAGGAGAAAUCUUUAAGGCGUACGGUCACUUCCAGGAAGCGGUCAAUCAUCUGCGCCAAGCGCUGGAACUGUAUCCGCAAUAUGAACCAAUCAAAAAAGCAAUCGCGGAUGUAGAGCACAUCUCAACAUCCUCGCUGCACAUCUUUACCAUUAUAAUCAUCGUUUUUCUGGUGAUGUGCGUACUUUACGUGAUUCUUUCGUCAAGCGAUGGUAAUUCAAACAGCCAAGAGUUAGAUCUGAAAACUGCACGUCACUUUAACCGAGCUAUGGCUAUGCGGUCGUUGAAAGGGUUCACUCAGCGUUCUUUGAAGAACCGGAAGUAAAGGAAACAAUGUCAAAUCAUUUAGUCGUAAAGAGUGAAGAUCUUCCUUAUGCCACAGUGGAACGAAUAAUAACGUAGACAAACGAGUGAAGCGGCGACAGCCCUACAAGAGCCCUACGUUUCUGAAAUUAUUUAGGUUUCGUGUUCAAAAGCUAUCCAGAACAGGGCAAUCGAACCAGUCUCAAACUAAUGUUGUACAGCAUUAGGCAUUUAAGCUUCGAAUAACUAUAUAGUUCGAUAUCUAGAAGCUGCUGAAGAUUAUAAUAGGCAACAUUUGUCUCUAUUAUCAAAGCAAAUUAACAUUCGUUUUACACAUAUUUUCAAACGAAAUACUUUUUAUGUUACCGUUAGGAAUUUAUCUCUGCGUGCGAUUUACUUUAACCAGUUAUGGCCAUUAGUCAUUAGUACUUAACAAAGCAAAU